GUCAAUCACCCUGCUCUUUAGUUUAUGUGCGCCUUUGCUGAAUGAAGUCAAGUGUUUGUGUAAAUGAUUGUGAAACAAAGACUUUUAGACGAAAUAAAUGAGGCUCUGUAAAGAUUUACUUUUACACAUUACUCAUGAGUACGGAAGAGACUCUCUUGAAUCUCGAUUUCGACAAACCGAAUACAACACUUGCGCCGUCCAUCCCCGAUGACGGCGUGGUAUCUUUGUCCAGUAGUUCAGAGGAGAUUUGUUUAGUGCCAGAGGUCGGUUUCGAAGGCAACGUGGAUUCCCCGGGGGUCAAUCGGGAGUCGCAGCCGCUGCUGGGCGGCCGCGGUGACUUCGAGGUCUCAUUCAACCAUUUUCCAGAUGACCCACAGUUCAGUGAACUGGUGUGGCAGGCGGAGGUGGCCAUUGAUAAUGGCAUCUUCCCAGAGAGGAUAUACCAAGGUUCCAGUGGGUCAUACUUCGUCAAAAAUCCUGGAGGGAAAAUAAUCGGCGUGUUCAAACCUAAAGACGAGGAGCCGUACGGGCGUCUAAAUCCAAAAUGGACGAAAUGGAUGCACAAGCUGUGCUGCCCCUGUUGCUUCGGGCGCUCCUGCCUCAUCCCCAACCAGGGAUACCUGUCCGAGGCAGGCGCAAGCCUGGUAGACUCCAAGAUCGGCCUCAAGAUCGUGCCAAAGACCAGGGUAGUGAAGCUAGUGUCAGAAACGUUCAACUACCUGCGAAUAGACCGCGAGCGUUCGCGGUUGAAGCGAGCAAUCACCGAGCAGUUCCCAAACUUGAGGUUCAACAGGAUGGGACUGCCACCUAAGGUGGGAUCGUUCCAGCUGUUUGUGGAGGGGUAUAAAGACGCGGACUACUGGCUGAGGAGGUUCGAGCAGGACCCGCCCCCUCCACACGUCAUGAGAAAGUUCCAGCUACAGUUUGAAAGGCUCGUGGUAUUAGACUACAUCACUCGCAACACGGACCGCGGCAACGACAACUGGCUGAUCAAAUACGACGCGCCCAGCGCGCGCGGGGACGCCGUCGCCAUGUUGGAGCCUUCGGAGUGGCAAGGAGCGGAGGUGCGGAUCGCGGCCAUAGACAACGGAUUGGCCUUCCCCUUCAAGCAUCCCGACUCGUGGCGAGCCUACCCCUACCACUGGGCCUGGCUGCCGCAGGCCAAGCGCCCCUUCAGCCACGACACCAAGGAGCUGGUUCUUCCGUUACUAUCAGACAUGAACUUCGUGCAGGAGCUAUGUGAUGAGCUACAUGUAUUAUUCAAACAAGACCGCGGCUUCGACAAGGGCCUGUUCGAGCGGCAGAUGUCGGUGAUGCGAGGACAAGUGCUCAACCUCACGCAGGCGCUCAAAGACGGCAAGAGCCCUGUGCAACUUGUACAGAUGCCCGCCGUCAUCGUCGAGAGGUCCAAAAGCGGCACGACGUCGUCGCGAUUCUUCGACUCGUUCCAGCAGCGCUUCCAGCACAAGUCGCCCUUCUUCUCCUGGUGGUGAACCACAAGACUCCUCCGCCAGAUAACAGACACAGUAUAGUUCAGCGGCGACUAUGGUAAAUAGUAAACAAUUGUAUGUAUAUGUAUGUAUGAUGUAGAUUAGUGCAUUUUAAAAUUAUUAUAAUGUAAAAACUGCUGGAAAUGUAGUGCGUAAGAGGAAAAGUAAUGUGAUAUUUUUCUUCAGUCAAUCAAUACCAAUUCUUUUUAUUUUAAAUCAAAUACAGUUUACAAAAAAAAAGGGUUAAGUAUAUGUUAACAUGUUCUAGUUCCUACUAAGGUUACUGUUAAAAUAUGAAAUAUAAUCAGUCUACGCUAGUCACUA